AUGGCGUUUGGUUUGAACAUGAGACAAGAUGAGGGAAAGUUAAAUAAUUCUUUCUUGAUUUCAGUUUUAUAUAACUUUAUGGCUUAUUUAACCGCUGUUAAAAGAAAAGAAAACAAGCAGGUUUCUGACUUCUCACCAUUUGAUUUUACAGAAUGUGAUGUCGACAACACGUGUAGAACUCCCAAUUUGAUUUGCUCAAAUAUAGUAAACGGUACGAAAGGAUGUUGGGCGCCAGCUGAGUGUGUAGAACCUCCUCUUGCUUGUCCUUCCGACGCUUGUCAGCAGCUUGGCCAAAAUUAUGGUCAGAAUUGCACGUGGCCUGUCUAUAAUGAAAGCGGUAGAAUAUCAUUUUUGAUGUGCUGCAGAGAUCUGGCCGUAGAUGCACCAACGUUCGCAGCACCAGAAACGGAAGAAACGACGCAGAUCACCACAGUUCAUGUAGAAGUGACAACGACUGCUGGAUGUAGAGAUCAAAAUAGAUAUGGAACUAAUGUAACUGAUUGCCCGGAAAAGGUUCGUUACUGCACAAUACCAAGAUAUCUACAGUUAAUGCAGAGACUGUGUCCGGCAACCUGUGGAUUUUGUGCUUCCUCUGAAACCACCGAUGUCAAGAUUGUCACUCAAAUUUUACUCACGUUAUUGUCUGGUUUUUCAGAAUGUUUUGAUAAAAGUGCAGCUGGAAAAGAAACUGACUGUACAAAAAACGCAGGGUUUUGCUUCAUACCUGUGUAUCUUGAAUUCAUGAAAAAGGAGUGCCCUAAAACUUGCGCUACGCCAACAGUGGAGUUUUUCUGCCGCAGUAUUUCAUCUCCGCCAUGUCGCAUAUGCAAUUCUUAUGAUACCUGA